CAUAAAUGGGCUAAACUUGAUUGUGUACAAGCUGAUAUAGCGAAGAGUUCGUAUAAUAAGUUCGAUGACGACUUCGUGAAUACGUAUUUGGCCGAGAACACCGAAAGCAGCUUUGCUCUCAAAUGGUACCACCAUAUGAGAUGUUACAAGAAAUUUUGCGACGAAGAGAAGAUCCGAAGACAAGAGAGAAGUGAGGAAAAGUGAGCAAAACAAAUUACAGAAACUGUUCCUAUUACUGAAGACUCAUCCAUGGAACCAAUCGAAGAGCCAAGUAGAAAGGUUACGCGUAGUUCUCAAAUAUGUAGUUCAGUUGCUGCCCAAAGUAAGACCUUGCCUCGAAGAAAUCAGUAUGUACUGCCAGAGUGUUGCAUUAUUUGUGGAAGAGAUGCUUCUUGGUUUAGAACAGACAAGGUAUGACCACUUCUUCAUGUUUUCAAUUGAUAAAAAAAAAUCAUACUAUAAAAUGCUGUGCACAUGAUGUAUUAAACUGAGAUCGGUAUUUGACUAUUUUUAAAGUAUGGAAAUUAAGCUAUUGCAGCUAGUUUGUCUAAUACAAAGUAUACAUGUUUAAGCUAUUAUAUCAAGAACCUAUCGCUAUGGGGAACAUGAGAACAUUGGUGAUUGGUUUGUUUAUUUCUUGCUAGUAUAUCACUAAUAUAAGUAUAAAAUGACAAACAGGCAUUCAAAAUAUUUGCACUUUGUUGUAGAAAACAAAAAAGAGAACAAGAACACCACUUGUAUUGGCAGCAACAAUCGAUGCUGGACUCUUGCGUACUGCUGCUGAGAAGAAAAAUGAUGAGGAGAUACUAAUGCAUAUUAGAGACAAAGACUGUGUUGCAUUGGAGGUCCGCUAUCAUGGAAUUUGCUAUAAUAACUACACCAAAUUCAUAACAAAACCAGUAAAAGAGACAAACACAUGUGCACCAAUCUAUGAAAAGUCAUACAAAGUAUUCUGCAAAGAUGUCAUUGAGUUGGAAGUCAUCAAAGGAAAAGCAAUAAAGUAUAUGAAGGAGUUACUGAGUAAAUUUAUUGUCAUUGUGAAGGAAACUGAAAAUGUUGAUGCAUCUAAAUACAGGGCUUUCAGCCUCAAGCAACGACUAAUCAAUAGUUACCCUCAACUUGUUUUCUUCAUGCAAAAGUAUAGAACUGUUGGCGAGAUUGUUUAUGCUGAGAACUUGCGUCCAUCUGAUUUUGUUGGGGAACAUAUGUUAAAUAAAUCUAUACAUGAUGAUGAAGACGUUGAUGAAGCAGAUUGCAUGAGUGAAAGUGAGGUGCCAAGUGAAGAAUCACAUACAGAAGCAGCUGCAAGUUCCCAAAUUAAUGAGUUGCAAGUGUUGUAUAAUGCAGCAUUAAUUUUGAAUCAGAAGGUUAACAAAAUCCCAAAACUAGAUAUACCUUGGCCACCAUUAGCAUCAGACUUGACAAUGGAUAAUGUGAAGAAAGUGGUUCCAUGUGAACUUUUUAACGCACUAGCCUGGGUAUGUGGAUUAUCGUCGGAGCCCACUUUGGAUAACUAUGUGGAGAUGAAUAGAACAGACAGUGCCAAACUGAUGUCAAUCACCCAAGACCUGGUGAACUUAGCAUCUAAACAAAGAAAUCCUACUCCGAAGAGUAUAGCACUUGCAAUGGCACUGAGGCAACUGACAGGCUCAGCCUCAGUGAUUUCUUUAUUGAGUGGCUUGGGACAUUGUAUGUCUCACUCCUUUGUAUUGUCACACGAAACAGCCCUAGCUCAGUUGAACAUAUCGAAAGACUCUACUGUUCCUCCAGGUUUUAAAGCUAAUGUUCCGACUACUCUUGCAUGGGACAAUGAUGACUUUUCGGAAGAAACCAGAUCCGGUAAGGGGACCACUCAUAUAACUGGAGGGAUUAUUAUUCAAAGGGAAACAGCUAUACCAAGUGUUUCGGUGAGAAGAGAGAGUAUUUCCCGUAAGAGAUCAGUCCUAGCACCAUCAAAGGAUAUUCAACCCUAUUUUCUCGGAAAAAGAAAAACUGUCAACUUGGCUGAUGCUAUACUUGAUGAGGAAAUUGGAGAGGAGCAUCAUAUUGAACCCCAAGUUGAUGCUAAGAAGAAAGACCUUGCAUUCUCCCUAUGCAGAUAUCUUACCACUGGAACUACUCUUCCCAAUUGGACAGGAUUCAACACCAAACUGAUUGAUGUUAUAGACAUUCCAACCCAAUCUAAAAUUGGAUACCUACCCAUCAUUGAUGCAAGCCCAACAGAAUUCUCAACAGUUAAUGAGAUACUAAGUCAAAGUGAAAAGAUUGGCAACAAAUUAGACUUACGGUACAUUUGCUUAGUGUUUGAUGAGGCAAUCUAUGCGAAAGUUCAGCAAAUUAGAUGGAAGGAAGACAGAUAUCUCAGCCGAUUUAUAGUCCGGCUUGGUGAUUUUCAUAUGGCAAUGUCCUAUUGUGGUGCAAUUUCCAAGUUAUUCAAAGAUGCUGGACUAAAGGUAUGUUCUUUUAUUGUAUGACAUUGCAUUUUGUUAAACAAAGCAACAAUUGAUGUUGUCAACAAUCACAGGCAUGACUUCUAAAAUGUUUGUAAAUUGUGAGAUGUAGUGAGAAACAAAUCAUCAUGAACUUUAAUAUAGAGUGGUAUAUGACACAGUCUCUUUUUUAAAUAUUUUUUUAAAAGGGAUAUAUAAUAAUUUAUCACCUUUUCUGUCGAUGCAAUGGAAGUGUUCAUAAAAUAUUGCAUCAAGUAAUUUUAUUUAAUUGAUCAAUUCAUUACAAUUUCAAAUUUCUGUUUACUUCCUUUUCCCCUAUUGGUUAAUUGGUUGUGAAAUUCCAUUGCAUCGACAGUAAGUAAUUAAAAAAAUAUUUAUUUUUUUGUUGCAUAUGAUAAAACCUUUAAAUUGAGCAUGGUGCAGAGGCGGAUUUACCUGGGGUGCACCCACCCACCCUGAGAAAAUCUACACCCGCCAGGCCCAGAGAAAAUCUGCACCCUCCAGAAAAUAAAUGCUAAUUGGAUUAAAUAACAGUAGUUAUGUAGUAUGAUUGAAAUAAAGUUAUAUACUUGGCUUGCACCUCCCCUGAAUUUUCUCCACACCCCCGCCAGAGAAAAAUCUGAAAAUCCACCCCUGGCAUGGUGUUUUUAUAUUUGACAAGUUGCUAAUGUUAAGAUUUAAUUGUAUAACUGAUGUUACUGUUGUUUUUAUAUAGGACAUCCUCAUUGAAUCAGAAAUUGUGGCAGUUGGGUCGAUAAAUGGAGUAAUGUCGGGCAAGCACUACAACAGAAGCGUUAGGUCUCACAAGGUUGUCUACGAAGCCCUAGUAAGAUUGUUGUUUCAGCGAUACAUCGACUCACUUUCAGCAGCCAAGAAGGAUGAAACUAUUACUAUGAUUGGUAAGUGACUCACAAUAUGCAUUAUUUUUCACAAUUGGCAGAUUUUAAACUUAGUGAAUCUACACUACAGUAGUUGAAGUGAAAAACUUGUUGAAAUGUUAGAAUUUAUUCGAGGGGAUGGCUACUUUUUGGGGGGCGGUUACUUUUAAGUUUUCUGAGUAAGUGUUAACUUUUGAGGGUGUGGUUACUUUCGAGCGGCGUUACUUUCAAGAUUCUAUGGUAUGUCAGUUGAUUGGUAUUGCAUUAGUUGUGUUCACUAAUUACUUGCUGUUGCAAGAAUGAUAUUUUGGACAUUGCUUGAAAAAUUGUUCAAUUUUCAACAUUUGUCAAUUCGAACACUGCUGCAAUUUCCACAAUAUGUAUUGCUUUUUGGAACUUAAAGAUCAACUAUACUAUUUUUUCAGAAAACCUAGCUACAAAGUUCCCUUCCAAAGAGUACCAAACAGAGGUGAUGUCAUAUGAGUUUGAACAGUUGUAUUUGGCUGUUACUUCCUUUUCCCAGUCAGAGGCUGCAGAGAAACCAACAUUUGCUCUGUGGCUAAGUUAUAUUGAAAUGGUACAAGUGCUUUUGACGUUCUUGCGUGCAACCCGUGAAAACAACUGGGAUCAACAUCUUUCAGCAGUUCGAUCAAUGCUUCCAUGGUUUUUUGCAACUGACAGAGUUCAUUAUUCUAGAUAUGGCACAGUAUAUUGGCUGGAGAUGUUUUGUCUUGAAACAUCACAUCCAGGUUAGACAUACACUAUAAUUGAUAUUAUCUUGUUACAUUUAUGUGAUAAAAGUGCUCUUCGGGUUGUUUAUCCAACUCAAAUUGGAAAUUAAAACAGUUCUUCCUUUUUUAUUAAUCAAAUUUGGCAAUAUCUUGCAGGGGCAACCAAUGAUAUAUUACAAAAUUGGACUUGUCAACGACAGAAAAAGUAUGGGUUUUCAUCCACUGCAUGUGACCAGGUCAUGAAGCAAACAUACAAUCGGGAUUCAAAAGUGAGAGGAGGUUUAGUUGGAUUCACUCUAAACAGGAAUGCAGUGCACAGAUGGAUCAUGGCACAGGCAGAUCGUGGCGCUAUAACCAGACAAUGUCUCACCAUGACAGAAAAUUCUUCAGAGACCAGGUAAAUAUGUGUUAUUAAUUGCAGAAAUACAUGUACAGUACUUCAUAUGUCUGACUGCUGUACAAAAUCUGACAUAAUCCAAUCAAAACGUUUAUGCUCUUGUACUCCAAAUGUAUUGUAGGGAUGAGCCGAUAAGGAAAAUUGCCGAUUACUGAGGCCGAUUAUUUAUAAGCCGAUUAUUGUAACUAACGGCCGAUUAAUCGGUACCCACCGAUUAUUUUAAAAAGCAAGCGAAAAAUCACAGGAUGACCAACAAUGAAGUUAUAAACGCGGUUUUAUUGUUUACAAUACACACUUUGUACAAUUAAAAACAGCUUCAGUCUCGCAUGUCAAUAGUCAAAGUUUAGUUUUGGCAGAUUAUGGUGUAAAAACAAGACAACAUGCGGAGCUAGUCUGCUGUGCUUUUUUAGUGGAAAUGUUCCCAGCUUCACUUCACUUGAGACGAAGGAAGGCACAGGUUUUGCAACAAAAUGUGAAAAUCUAUUCGCUUCUAUUCAGUAUUUUAGCAUGUGAUUGGCAGCUGCAGAGAAAGUCUUGUUACCGAUUAUUUAAAAAACGGCCGAUUAAUCGGCUUUGCCGAUUAUUUACCGAAUAAUCGGUUUAUCCCUAAUGUAUUGUUGUACAAGUAAAUAAGUAAACAAUUUAGCAAAACUUUCCUGAGUUAAAGUUGUAUUAUAAGCUGCAGUUUUUAUAAAAAAAAGUUAUGAACAAGUUUUGAAGAUUUUCAAAUAUGAUGUUUUUUUUAUCAAACAAUUUACUAAUUUUACAUUCGAGUUUUUUUAUUACUUAAAUUCUCGGUAUUGAAAAAUGAUAGUUGCUGCAGUACAACUAACGAAGUAAUUGUACUCCUCUCAACUAGUCAGCAUCUAGUAAUUUUGUCAUGCUUGUAUAUAAUACCAAAAAGUUGAUGGAUAAAAAUUAAGUAAAGUGCGAGUACGAUUUAGUAAAAACAUCUUGCAAUUUAAAAUUAUAUCCUUUUUCCUGUAGAUCACGCAAAGACACAGAUGCUACGCAAACGAAAUACCAUGAGCGGGAGGUAGCCAGUGUUGUGGAAACUAUCACCAAUAUGAGUAAUCCUUUCGAAGUAGAAGACAGCAUGGUCAAUAUCGCCAGUGGAAUGGUCGCCAGUCCUGCUGUCUUGAAAGACAUGACCUCUGCCAAGGCAAUAGGAGAACAGAAAUGUAAAAGUUUUAUUUCAGAUCAAUUACUGAGUGAAGAACCAGACCUAUUUACAACCAUUAAAGCCACCAAACUGAGCACGUUUUCAACCAUGGAUAAGAAGGCAAACGUUAAGACCAGUAAAGGACAAAUUGUCGAGCUGAAAAAUGACUUGAAAUUUAUCUCCAGAUUACUAGCAGUAGGCAAGGCUAGAGACGUGGACAUGAAAGACGUUCUCACCUACAGUCUUAGAAAAUUCCCUUCGCCAAUCUCAACUGUUGAUGGACAGCUAGUGAAGACUCCCAAAGCAAAGUUAUUGCAUCUCCUAGAAGGUCGUGUAGUGGAUCCAGCAAUUGACGAGUUGCCAUCUAAUAAUGCUUUAAUACUGGAUGGCAUGGCACUAAUCCAAACGAUGAAGCACAUUCCUGAAACCUUUGGGGCUUUGGUGGAAGUUCUCAUUAACAGGAUUUUAUCAGCAGCAGCUAGUUCAAAGUCAACAAGGGUGGAUUUUGUAUGUGACACUUAUCCCGAUGUAAGCAUCAAGAACCUGGAGAGGAAUAAACGUGCUGGUGUUGGUUCGACAGUUAUUAUGAUUCUCGGUCCGCAACAGAAAGUACCAAGACAAUUUAAGAAGUUUCUGUCUGUUGGAAAGAAUAAAGAAGCGUUGGUUGAGUUUAUUUUCCAUCAUCUGGGAGAUGUCGAAAGACUUUCGAAUGCACUCGGAAAUAUGGAACUGUUUAUCACUCACGGGAAGAUGUGCCAUCAAGUCACCACAACCAUCCAAGGCGAAGUUCUGAUUGAAGAAUGCGAGGAACUAUACAGUGACCACGAAGAAGCGGAUACACGACUACUCCUUCAUGCUAAGCACGCCUCUGCAGACCAUCCCGAUGUCAUCAUACGCAGUCCUGAUACGGAUGUAUUUAUCUUGAUGCUAGGUCAUAAACUAUCAAUACCAGCAGCAAUGUAUUUUGAAACCGGGGUUGGAAACCAGAGAAGGAUUCUAGAUCUAAAUGUACUUCAUGAAACACUUGGCUCCGAUCUCUGUGAUGCUCUGAUUGGUUUUCAUGCAUUUACAGGUAAAGUAACGGUAUAGAAUAAUCCAAAAUCUGAAGUGGUAUCUUGCGAACCUGUAAUGGGAGGGUAAAAUAUCGGCGUUUCGAGCAAAGGCCCUUCGUCAGAAGUAGCUCGAAACGUCAAUGUUUUUUAUCUUACCGUUACAAGUUUGCGAGUUAUGCCACUACAUAUUUUGGUGUGCGAUAUUAUCCUUUGUAAGUGAUAGUGUAAAAAGGUAAUAUAGUGACAAUCAUUUUGUGAUAAACGGUUUAUAAAAAGGUGAACCUUUUAAAUCGGAACCAUCGAACGUAAGUACGUACAAUUAUAAGCAAUCAUAAAUUCGCUAUCGUGUGUUUUUAAUUAGAAUGUUUAUUUCUAAAAGUUCGCUUUUUUAUACACCCGAUGUAUUAGACCUAGACUUGGACCUAUCCGUACGAAUUAUAUCUGACCCCUGAUGGUAAUGUUCUGUUUAUUAAGGCUGCGACAGUAUUAGUGCUUUCUACGGAAAAGGAAAAACAAAGACGUUGAGCACAUUAGAGAAAAACGCAGAGUUCUUGCUGACCUUCAAGACACUUGGAUCAGCUGUCACAGUUUCGAACGAGUUGUUCAAGAAUAUCCAGAAGUAUGUCUGUUUCUUGUAUGGUCAGUUUUCAGUGGUUGAUGUCAAUCUUGCACGUUUCAACCUAUUCAGUAUUGGUCAGUAUUCCGAGAGUACAAUGCCUUGUACGAAAGACGUGUUGCUACUUCACACUAAGCGAGCAUCGUACCAAGCAUUCAUGUGGAGAAGUGCACUCCAAGCCAUAACAUUGCUGCCUCCGAUCAGUGACUAUGGUUGGGAGAUCAACGAUGGACAGGUGCAAGUGAAGUGGAUGACUAUGCCAGCAGCUCCGGAUGGGAUUCUUGAAAAUGUGAAUUGUGGGUGUAAAUCCGGAUGCUCGACAAGGAGAUGCGCUUGCGUGAAGGCUGCAUUGAAGUGCACUGGUCUUUGUACUUGCAGUGAUUGUGCCAAUAAAGAAGGCGAUGAAAACGAGGUUGCAGAUGAUGAUGUUGACGAUGCUGAUGACGAUGAUGAUGUUCUGGACGGUUUCCCUGUUGACAUUUUCGAAGAGUAUUGAUGUUUGAAGAUGACGAAUAAAGUGCUCUGAGGCAGGUAAUGUACAGUACACAACGAAUGUAAUGCAUACCAAUGACUGUGCUCAAAGAAAAAAAAUCUACGGUUGUUUAUGUUUAGGGGUUACCUUGGUCAUCAUCCACCUUUAUGAACAGGUUUUGUGAUUUGUUGAUUAUAACAAUAAAAGACAAUAAAAUCGUAGAAACCGUCUUUCUAAAGAACAAGUCACACACAAUGAUACUUUUAUUACAGAAAGCCAAUCACAUAACAUGAUCAUUUUAGAUACUGUAGGUAUUUAUCCGGUUAUACCAAGAAAAAAAUACCUUGGCUACUUCUUUCAGGUAUGGAUGCGUCGUCGAUUCACAAGUGACAAUUUGGCACGGUUGACAUGUUCGUGUCUACGCUCUUCCCGUGACGAUGGAGGACUAUCGCGUGGUGGGUUACGAACCAGAAUAGUGUGAUAUCAAGUGUUGCUACAAGUAGAGAUAAGCUUUACUUGGCCUGGCUGGAAAUCGAACCCGCGACAUUCCGUUUGCCAGUCCGAUGCUCUACCAACUGAACUACAGGUCAAGUUGGGAACUAGGGUCGAAUUGUGGUACUUGGGUUAUGUUUGAUAUUUCGAAACGGGUACUAGUUUCUUUUAUCUUCAUUAUCGAGACAUCUGUCUUUAUACAUGUAGAUAGGUAAAUCAAUUGAUCUAUGUACAUGUAUAAAGGCAGAUGUCUCGAUAUUGAAGAUACUAUAGUACCUGUUUCGAAAUAUCAAACACAAACCACCUUUCGACUAACUAGUUCCCAACUUGACCUGUACCUCAGUUGGUAGAUCAUCAAACUGGCAACCGAAUGUCGCGGGUUCGAUUACCAGCCAGCCCAAGUAAAGCUUGGAAAGCACUAAUGGCCAUACAGUGAAUCACCUUUAGUCUGAUACACCUGCCCUACUCUAAUACUAAUUCCAACCCUAACCCUAAAAAGGUUAUUCACUGUAUGGCUAUCAGUGUUUUACGUAGAGCUUAUCUCUACUUGUCGAGUAGGGGCAGGGAGGGACUUUAAUGGGUUAGAAAUGGCUGGGAUGGUGUGAAACAUUGAGCAAUUUCACAUCCAUGAAAUGUCCCAAGUUGUCACCAUUUCUAACCACACCCUUUUUUCCGAAUGGAAAAGCGAUGAAGGCGAGUGUUUGGCGCCUUAAAACCAAAUUGCUCGACAGUCUUCCCAUGGUAAGGGAAGUAUGGUAAGGCUGUCCAUGUUCCGAAUCAGUUUGUCAUGACUUGUGGUAUUAUCUGUUUUCUAGACAUGCUGAUGAGCCCUGAUAUGGGGCGAAACAGUCAUUUUAACAUCUCGGCAUAUAAAAGCAUAAUAAUAUAAUCUCAUAGUCAUACAUCGUGUUAAGCUGGGUUUUUUUCAAACUUUCCCUUUUUUAUGAGUAUGGUUGUCUUGGAAGUAAGAAGUCUCCAUGGUGGAUAGUGGACUGGUGAAAAGGCGUUCCUGAUACUUGGUAAACUAAAGAUAAAUCUGCAUGGAGAAAUGCGCGUUACAGUUUUCAUGAUAAGCAACACAUCACAAAGUUCUAGUCAGCGCGGUUUAAUUACUUUAAUAUAUUGUUUUGUUUUCUCAAGACCUUUUAACAGUUUUGUGAUAUGAUUAAUUGUAAGAAGUUGACAAAGUAAAAAAGUAAUUGUAAAAAUAAUUGUAAAAAAUAAUUGAACAUUAUUAACAGUUAUCUGAGCAUUUUAUUAUUUUUGGUAGUUGUGUAUACUUGUUUUAAAAUAUGAUUGCGAGCAUCGUGUAGUGUAUAUAUCAUCCUAUAUCUUAUUACAUUAUUCUUGAAAUGUUAGUCUUUGAUUUGUAAUAUAAUGUUCUCGGGAGGGUAUACACUAUAUAACUCUAAAUAGCUCUAAAUAUUUGUGUAUCAUUCAAAUGUACAAACCAUGAAGACCUGCUAUUUUUCAAAACGC